ACACAGUAUCCUGCGAACGCUGGACUCGACGAGGAGCCAUUACCUCUCACUAUAACCCGUUUUCUGCGGUACGUCCGUGUUGCCGUCCCGCUACAAACCCUCCCGACCCAGCCGCCCUCCCAACCUCAAUAUAGACGCUCGCUUUCUUCUCGCCUCCUCCACCGUUUUCCCCCUUCUUCACCCUCUGUUGCAACAUCCCCUCUUCCGCCAUAAUGGCUUCCUCCUUCUUCCGCACCCGCCUCCGCCCCGCCUGCCUGUCGAGCUUUCGCGUCCUCCUCUCCCGCCCACACCCCCAAUUAGUGUUAGGGUUUCGACUGCCCUUGGUUCCUUCCCCAUCCCCUUCCCCUUCCUCCCCAUGGCUCCCACCGCGUCUCUUCUCCUUCUCCACCACCGCCACCUCCUCCCCUCAAACCCUAGCCCCUGAUCCCAUCGCGACCGACGGCGACCCUCCGCCCGACCCAGCCGCCGUCUACCGGGAGCUACGCGCCGCCCAGGACGGCUCCGCCAAGCUCAGCCGCAGCGAGUGGGAGGCCCUUGUCGGGGUCUUCCGCUCCUUCGCCAAGUCCCCGUGGACCUCCGACCAGGCCCUCGCGCUUUACAUCCCCUCGUCCUUCUUCCCUACCGCUGCCCGCCGCUUCCGCCUCUUCUUCCUCCGCCGCUGCCCACCUGUCGCCUUCCGCCACCUCUCCGCCCUUGGUCCGUCCCUGGCCGCCGACCGCUUCCUCUUCCCCAUCUUCGCCGAGUUCUGCCUCCACGAGUUCCCGGACGAGCUCCGUGGGUUCCGCUCCUUGAUGGAGUCCGCUGACCUCACCCGCCCCCAUACCUGGUUCCCAUUCGCCCGUGCCAUGCGCCGCCGUGUGAUCUACCACUGCGGCCCCACCAACAGCGGGAAGACCCACAAUGCCCUCGUUCGCUUCAUGGAGGCCAGCAGUGGCAUCUACUGCAGUCCUCUUCGGCUCCUCGCCAUGGAGGUAUUCGAUCGGGUGAACGCCACCGGUGUCUACUGCAGCCUCCACACCGGUCAGGAAAAGAAGACGCUUCCUUUCUCCAACCAUGUCGCUUGCACCAUCGAAAUGGUAUCCACCGAGGAGUGUUACGACGUUGCUGUAAUCGAUGAGGUCCAGAUGAUGGCUGACCCCACACGGGGUUACGCCUGGACCCGUGCACUACUCGGCCUCAAGGCCGACGAGAUCCACCUGUGCGGAGACCCGAGCGUGCUGAAAGUAGUCGAGAAUGUUUGCAAGGAAACAGGCGAUGACCUGGAGGUGAACCGCUACGAGCGGUUCAAGCCCCUGGUGGUAGAGGCGAAGACAUUGCUAGGCAAUAUGACAAAUGUGCGAUCAGGUGACUGCAUCGUGGCCUUCUCGAGGAGGGAGAUCUUUGAGGUGAAGAUGGCAGUUGAGAAGUUGACCAAGCACAAAUGCUGUGUUAUCUAUGGAGCACUGCCGCCAGAGACCAGGCGUCUGCAGGCUAGCUUGUUCAAUGAUCAGGACAAUGAGUACGAUGUUCUGGUGGCUAGUGAUGCUGUGGGGAUGGGCCUGAAUCUGAACAUAAGAAGGGUUGUUUUCUAUUCAUUAUCGAAAUACAAUGGUGAUAAAAUGGUGCCAGUUCCCGCAUCCCAGGUGAAGCAAAUAGCUGGAAGAGCCGGACGGAGAGGGAGCGUUUACCCUGACGGCCUUGCGACAACCUUCAUUUUGGAUGAUUUGGAUUAUUUGAUCGAGUGCUUGCAGCAACCAUUUGAGGAGGUGAAGAAAGUUGGACUGUUUCCAUUCUUUGAGCAGGUGGAGUUGUUUGCUGCACAGUUCCCGAAAGCAACUUUCUGUGAGCUUUUGGACAAGUUCCGUGAGAACUGCCGCCUUGAUGGUUACUAUUUCUUGUGUCAGCAUGAUAGUGUUAGAAAAGUUGCCAACAUGCUGGAAAAGAUACCGGUCUUGUCGCUUCAAGAUCGUUUUAAUUUCUGUUUUGCACCAGUCAAUAUUAGGGAUCCCAAGGCAAUGUAUCAUCUCCUUCGUUUUGCUUCACACUAUAGCCAGAAUCGCCCGGUUACUAUAGCAAUGGGGAUGCCAAAAGGUUCAGCUAAAAAUGAUGCUGAGUUGUUGGACCUUGAGACAAAGCAUCAGGUUUUGUCAAUGUACAUGUGGUUAUCGCAUCAUUUCAAGGAGGAUACAUUUCCUUAUGCGCGCAAGGCUGAGACAAUGGCCACGGACAUUGCCGAUUUACUCGGUCAGUCUCUAGCAAAAGUUUGUUGGAAGCCUGAAUCAAGACCACAGGGAAGACCAAGGGCUCCAGAGCAGGAUGUUCACGAUGAGGCAAUACCUGUUUCUAAAGAUGAAUAUGAAAGGUCAAUAUCACUUGUUCAAACAUUUACAAUGGGAAAGCAUAAUCAAUCCGGACAAAGUAAUCGUUCAAAGGGGUUUGUCAUCUGACGAAUGUUGCUUGCGGGAAUCUUUUGCCAUGAAUCUGUGUGUUCUUUUGUCGAUGAUCAACUUUUCAGUAGUUGUGCCACCGAGUUUCUUGUGUCUCCAUGGGCUUUAUGGACGGCUUUGGGAAAGGAGAUAAUUAACUUGUGGUCAAAGAGGCGCCUGUGUUGCAAAUGAAGGUUUUGUUCCUUUCAGCAGAAUUACUUACAAGGUGGUGAAUAUGGUUGUUGCUUAAUCUAACAUGUUUUUUUAGCCUAGAAGUUCUUCAUCUGACAGAUAAUUUCAUUGGAAGCAAAUUUUAGUUAAUUUAGGUCAACGUGAAGAAGGUAAAUCUCGAUUUAUCUAUUGUCCCUGCAGGCCAAACAAUUUGAAAGACUGAAUCCUCAAUUUUGGAUGAAUGGGGAACCGGAUUAGCUGGUGUUUCUGUCUAGGUAAUCACAUUUGGACAGCAUUCUUGACCUCACUAAUUUAUCAAACUGUGAUGUCUUGUGAGGUUGAGUGUAUUUGUUAUUUCAAAUAACAGUGUCUUGUCAAAUUAGCCACUCUUUUGUGUGGUCAAAAUUUGUAAACUUGAGGGGUUAAGGCUACCUGUAAUGAAGAAAUUGCAAUAACCAUGAA